UUUGACGUGACUACAGAGUAAGCUUAGGCCUACCUCCCAACAGUCGAUCCUUUACGCCUUUUCGAUCCAUACGAUGCCCUAAAGUUUCCUUCAAAUUGGUCUCCAACUCCGAUUGCUCGAUUCUUAUCCAGUGAGCAAGCCUUGCAUUGUCGAGCUCUUCCCAGCGAGCCUUUCCUCUUUAGAACCCUCCUCCGUUAUUCUUCUUGUCCCAGCGGUGACGCGGCCUUCCAGUUUAUCUCUUGUUACCUUCUCGUUCAGCUCUCGACUCAUUCAUGUCAAAGAGAAGGGGCCUGUCUUUGGAGGAGAAACGUGAGCACAUGCUUCAGAUCUUUUAUGACUCACAGGACUUCUUUCUUCUUAAAGAGUUGGAGAAAUUGGGUCCUAAAAAGGGUGUGAUUAGCCAAUCUGUCAAAGAUGUUGUCCAAAGUCUAGUGGAUGAUGAUCUGGUUUUGAAAGACAAGAUUGGCACUUCUGUAUAUUUUUGGAGCCUUCCUAGUUGCGCUGGUAAUCAGCUGAGAAAUGCUCACAACAAACUAGAAUCUGAUCUCUCGAGUUGCACAAAACGUCUUGCUGAGCUGGAUGAGCAGAGAGAAAGCCUGAAGAGAGGGAGAGAGGAAUCCGACGACAGGGAGAUGGCUUUGGAAGAGCUAAAGACCAUUGAGCUGCAAUAUAAGAAGUUGAAGGAAGAACUUUCCCUCUUUGCUGACAAUGAUCCAGCUGCAAUUGAAGCAAUGAAAGCUGCAAUCGAGAUUGCCCAUUCUGCAUCAAAUCGAUGGACAGAUAAUAUAUUCACUCUGCAACAUUGGUGUUCAUCCAAUUUUCCAGAAGCCAAAGAACAACUUGAGCACAUGUACAAGGAGGUUGGUAUAACAGAAGACUUGGAUUAUCUUUGAUCUGCUACUAUUCUAUGAAGAAGAGAUCACUUGACAUUAGAAGUAUAUUAUAGAGGUUUUAUAGAUAUAUCUGUUUCACUUAGAUAUAAUAUUUUUAUAUAUGUAUGAAAUUUGUAGAGGAAAUUAUCCAUUCAAUUUGAAUUUUUUAUCGUAUAAAUUGGCCUGUCAAUAUUUUAGAAAAAAAUG